GAAGUGGCAGAAGGUAUGACCCUGCUCCAUUUGCUAUCGGAGGAAGGGGAGGAGAUGCUGGAGGUGGAACAGGAAGAGGAGCAGGAGGAGGUGCAAGAGGAGGAGGCAGAGGAAGAGGCAGGAGAGGAGGAAGGAGAGGAGGCCAAACCUAAAUUCAAGCCUUUUAUGAUGCCGAACCUCAUCCCUCCCAAGAUCCCAGAUGGAGAGAAAGUAGAUUUUGAUGACAUCCAUCGAAAGAGAAUGGAGAAGGACCUGAAUGAACUGCAGACUCUGAUUGAGGUCCACUUUGAGAGCAGGAAGAAGGAAGAGGAGGAGCUUGUCAACCUGAAGGACAGGAUUGACAAGCGUCGCUCUGAGCGAGCCGAGCAGCACAGGAUCCGCAGUGAACGUGAGAAAGAACGACAGAAGCGUCUCGAGGAUGAGAGGACAAGGAAGGAGGAAGAGGAGUCCAGAAGGAAAGCUGAGGAUGACGCCAAGAAGAAGAAGACACUGACCAGCCUGCACUUUGGAGGCUACAUGCAGAAGACAGAGAAACGCGUGGGCAAGAGACAGACUGAGAGAGAGAAGAAGAAGAAAAUCCUGAACGACAGGCGCAAAUCACUGGAUGUGGAGAAUGCCGGCCAGGACAAGCUCAGGGAUAAAGCUAAAGAGCUGUGGGAUUGGAUGCACCAGUUGGAAGCUGAGAAGUUUGAGCUCCAGUACCAGUUCACUCGGCAGAAAUAUGAGAUUAAUGUGCUUAGGAACCGUGUGAGUGACCACCAGAAAAGCUCCAAGAGGACCAAGAGAGGCCUGAGAAAAUAAAUGUCUGAUGAACUGAAGAACUUAGCCAAUCUGAGUAAAUCUCUUUGUCUCCUUUUCCAUUUGUAUCCUUGCCCUGUCUCUCCGUUUGGGUCACUGUGUCCCCCUCUCUCCUUACCAUUGAUGGGUCAACCGUUCUACAUCCUCACCUUCACCUCUCUCACUCCACUCUAACUUUCCUUGCUGUCAUGAUGACAGUUUCAUUUUCCCGAUUUUCUUUCUUUGGUUCAAAGUUCCGUUACUUUCUGCUCAUGUAACGUAUGUUUUCCCCAAAGUGUGUGAGUAGUGUAAAUAAAAGUAAUCUAAAUACAGAAUAAUGUUUUUAUCUAUGCAAAUAGUCUGUGUGUGUGGAGUUGCCAGCACCUACAGUAUUGUCAAGUUAACAAAGACAUGCAUGGGUAAAAAGCCUUUAGCACGGUCUGUGUGGGUGUGUGUGUGGGUGUGUACACCUUAAUACUGACAGACAGGCAUGAACAUGCUAAGAUUCACAGAAGGAAACACCCCAGCCUCCACCCAAACAUACAAAAACACCCCAAACUCCCACGAUGACUGAAAUACGUGCCCCUUCCAUAUACACACAGAUAAUAAAAAUGAGGGAGAGAAAACGAGAGAAGGGAGACAAGAAAAUAUGUUGACAGAAGACAUCUGAGGAGUGUGACUCACCCAGUUACUCACACAAGGAAUUACUUUGUGUGAAGUGUUCCACUGUCUGGAUGUUGUCCAAACCUUAGUUUUUUUGUAUACAUAAAAGAUGAAUUUAUUUUACCAGCUGUGGGUUAUUUCAGAAAGGAUUUAAGGAACCAGAACAUUGCAUAAAGGCUUGUUUUCUUUAAAUCUAUUAAAUAGCUAUUACUACGUU